AUGAGUUCAGCAAGAUGUAGAUUGAACCUCAUUGGUGGUCAUCUUCAUCAAAGUAAUGAACAGCGGAAAGUUUCGGAGUUUCCUUUACUACCAGCUGCUGAAAGAGAAAAAUACAUUAACAGUGUGUUUUACAGAGAUUCUGUUUCUUCUUCUACUCCAAGAUUGUUAUCUUUGAAUAGUUUGAAUAGUAACCAAGGUCCAGUAUUUCGUGAUCAAAAUGUUAUUACGGCUACUAGAAAGGUUUCUAUGGUGCCUGGCCCAGUGGAAAUUAGUGAAGCUGUGAGACAGAGCAUGUCUCUGAGCCCAUUGGUACACACUUCGCCUGAGUUUGUUGAAAUAUUCCAUCAAGUGUUGAAGAAAUUGCGUAUUCUCAUAGGUAACAAUAAAGAAACUAAUGGUGGACAAGCGUUGGUUCUCAGUGGGUCUGGUACCUUGGGCUGGGACAUUUUGGGAUCUAAUUUGAUCAAUAGUUCAACUAGUAACAUCUUGUGUAUUUCUACUGGGUUUUUCUCUGAUUCUAUGGUCCAAUGUUUAUCCAAUUAUGUGGAUAAUGAAUCCACUCAAGUAGACAUCUUGAGACCGGAUACUAUUGGAGCACAAGUUCCAUUGAAUAGCAUUAAAAAGGCUUUAGCUUCAAAGAAAUAUGACUGGAUUACAUUAACCCAAACCGAUACUUCUACUGGUGUCUUAACCGAUGUUAAGGCUAUUAGUGAGUUGGUCCACCAAGUGAGUCCCUCUACAAUGAUCGCCAUAGAUGGUGUUUGUUCAGUUGGAGUUGAAGAGAUUCAAUUUGAUAAUUGGAAAUUAGACUAUGUACUUACGGCAUCUCAGAAGGCUCUCAGCUCUCCCGCUGGAUUACUGGUUUCCUUUUUAAGUCAACGUGCUAUUGAUUUGAACUCCAAGUAUAAGAAGAAGAAACCCUUUUAUUCUUCCUUAGACAAAUGGUUACCUAUCAUGGUUAACUAUGAAAACCGCAAGCCUUCGUAUUUUGCCACACCCCUGUCACAAUUGAUUAUGGCAUUGAAUACUUCGUUGACGGAGAUUUUAGGUGAUAUAACUGAAAUAGACACAGUUUCUGGAUUACCCAAAGCUUUGGUGGAACGGUUUGUCAAACACGAAAGCCAUGCCAAAUUGUUAAGAGAAAAGUUGGUCACUAAAGAAACUGGUUUGAAGAAUGUGGUUGUUGCUCCUGAAGAUGCUUGUUCAGGUAUGACAGCCUUAUAUGUUCCUGAAGGUACUAAUGUUCCAUCUUUGUUGAGUCACAUUUCCAGUGUAUAUAAGAUCAACUUAGCUGGUGGGAUUCAUCCUCAAAUCAGCACCAGAUAUAUUAGAAUCGGUCAUAUGGGUAUUUCUGUGACUGAAAAUGAUGGAGCUGAUCUUAAAGCAGUGAUUGAAGCCAUUGUAGCAUCAUUGAAAGCUAUUGCAUGA